GCUAAACAGUUGGACAACGUGCCACGGUUGAGUUUGGGAGAGCAUUCCGCACGCAGAAAGCAACCAGUAACCCCGGAUUCCACGAUGAUGAACCUUACCAGCGCCUUUCUGGACGAAACGUUCGUGUAUCUGUGCAAAGAGAUGGGACACUAUGUACCGGAGUUUAUCGGUUCGAUUGGCUACGUACCGUGGAUGUUUUCGCUGCUCGGUUCCGCACUGAUCGGGCUGAGUGGUAUCCUGCCGAUGUUCAUCAUUCCAGAUCCUUCCAAAUCGCCGAAAGGAGACACAGCGGAGCUAAGUGAUCCCGCUGAAUCGAAGACACUGAAGCUGCUGCUAAGCUUUGCCGUCGGUGGACUGUUGGGCGACGUGUUCCUGCAUCUGCUACCGGAAACAUGGGAAAAUGAACUGGCAGCCGGCGGUAAUGCCGGUGGGCAUCCAUCGCUACGGAGUGGCCUCUGGGUGCUGGCGGGUUUGCUGCUCUUCACGAUGGUCGAGAAAAUAUUUUCCGGCUACGCGAACGUGGACGAAGCGAAUCCGCAACCGAAAUGUGUCGAAAUCGCCACCUGCCUUCUGCGCCGUUCGGGUGGAAAACUGCCGGAUAACUUUGUCGGUACCUGCGGCCAGAGUGGCUCUUGUGAUAUCGAGGAUGUGCCGAAUGGGUGCUUCCUGGCCGGUAACGGUAACGCGGCGGAUGCGGCCAAGGAUGAGGCAGGCCACAAGAAGGUGGCCGGGUAUUUGAAUUUGCUGGCCAAUUCGAUCGACAACUUUACGCACGGACUGGCGGUGGCCGGUUCUUUCCUCGUAUCCCUGCAGCACGGCAUUCUGGCUACGAUCGCCAUAUUGUUGCACGAAAUUCCUCACGAAGUCGGUGAUUUCGCGAUCCUGCUGCGAUCGGGCUUCAGCCGGUGGGACGCAGCCAAAGCACAGUUGCUGACGGCGGGCGCUGGUCUGCUUGGGGCCCUGGUGGCGAUUGGUGGUAGCGGUGCAACGAAUGCUCUUGAAGCGAAAACCUCCUGGAUAGCACCAUUCACUGCCGGCGGCUUUUUGCAUAUUGCACUCGUGACCGUGCUGCCGGACCUGCUAGACGAAUCCGAUCCUUGGGAAUCGGUGAAACAGUUUUCUGCCCUCCUUCUCGGAAUUGGUCUGAUGGCGUUUAUGACGGUGUAUUUGGAGCACUAAGGAAAAGGAGGAAAAAUGUAUUUGUUCCAUUGUGGAAGAGUGCAGAAUAAGGGAAAAGCAUCCCCGGUACCGACCGGUACGAUCGUUCGAUACUCUGCACAAUCUUUUGUAAAAAAAACAAACUCAAUCACAAAAGUAUGUAAAAUUGUUAGUCUGCCAUUGGAUGAAAAAGUGAUUAAUGUGAAUGCUGAGUGAGUUUGCUGCCCAGCGGACAUUGAGUUGGUUGACCGUGAUUCUGGUAUGAAUGUUCCCAAUUGGAUGUUUUUGUAUACGCGCGGCAGCAAUGGCAGGGACUCAAUGAUUAGGUUUUAGAUUGAAAUUAUUAACCUUUAAGGCGAGAUCAACAUAAAACCGACACACCAAUGAUUGGCCUAGUGUCUUGUAAAGCACACAGUCCAGCGGCACAAAAUCGUCAGUAAUGCUAGUACCACCGGAACGGACGAAGGUCCUUAGGUCGCCGCUCCGCUUGGACAGCGAUCGAUUAGGAAUUCGAUUGAAAUGUUGACGAAACGUCCCCUUGGUCGUGUUGAGCAACACGUUAGACGUGGAGGACUGGUUAGCCUCCAAAAAUCAUAAAUUUUAGUCGAUAAGAAAACCCAGGCCAUAGGAUGAAAUCACAUUUAUCACCCUUCGCGAGGGAACUAUUAUAGCAGGAUAAGAUUUUGCUGCAUUACAUAGAAUGAAAGGCUAGUCCGUAGAUAUCUGCGUGUUCUCUUCCAGCACCCUUGGCGCACAGAUCGGCCACUGGGGGUGUAUCGAUCGCGUCGCUCAUUUACGUAACGUUUGAAGAGUGACCGGGAUGUGAUAAACUAUUUGUUAUACAUAUGUUGUUUCAUACAAACCACAACACUAUUUCACCUUGCCCGAUAGGUGGUUCGCGUUUGAGAAAGCAUAAUAAAUGUGUGGCCGACGUGGAGCUGCUGUACAGAUA